AUUUUUCUUUUGCAUGCGGGAGCGAGAUUCAGUACAACCUCAACAACAGACACUCUGCAAGAACUGAAGCUUUCGAUUUCCCCGCAACAAUCAACAAAGAAGCAAUUAACUUACGGCGAAUUGGCUCACCGCCUGCUGCCCCCUCCCGGUCGUAAUCAUUCCAUUGACGGUCACGCCCGGGCCUUGUCACCCCACUACCGGCUCAUCGCCCGCUCCCCGGACUUGCAGUCUCUGACUCGGAGCCACGGGUAAAGCCGCAGCGCAGGACCUCUCGGUCUCACCAACCCCAUCACCCGCUGCCACCGCCCAUUCGGACCCCUUCGUUUUCCCCUCCUUGCCUUAUCCCUUGCCGUGGGGUAAACUAGUCCUCUUUCGAGCCUACCACGACGCAACAACAACGAGUAAACCAGUGACCAUCAUCAUCAAUCAUGGCUCCCAUCAGGGUGGUUUUGCUCGACAUUGAGGGCACCGUCUGUCCCAUCUCAUUUGUCAAGGACGUUCUUUUCCCCUACGCCCUUGAAGCGCUUCCAGGCACCUUGAAGGCCAAGUGGGACUCUCCCGAGUUCGCCCCUUACCGCGCCGCCUUCCCGGCGGAGCAUGCCGGCUCACAAGAGUCCCUCGCGGCGCACGUCCGCGAUCUUAUGAGCAAGGAUCUCAAAAUAUCGUACCUCAAGAGCCUCCAGGGCUACCUGUGGGAGACAGGCUACCGCAACGGCGAGCUCAAGGCUCCCCUGUUCCUCGACGUGGCGCCCCAGUUGGCCCGUUGGCGGGAGCACGGAGGUGUCAAAGUCAUGAUCUACUCAUCCGGCUCCGUGCCGGCGCAGAAGCUUCUGUUUGGACACACCAACGGUGAGCCGUCUGACAUCUUGCCCUGGCUGUCGGAUUUCUUUGAUACGGUCAACGCGGGCCCGAAACAGGAGAAGGCUAGUUACGAGAAGAUUGCGGCCAAGCACCAGGAGUAUCCUAUCGGCGAGUGGCUGUUCCUCAGCGAUAAUGUCAAGGAGGUUGAGGCGGCAAAGCAAGCUGGCAUGCAGAGCUAUAUUGUUGAUAGGCCCGGUAACGCGGAGUUGUCCGAGGAAGCGAGGAAAGAACAUAGAGUUAUCAAGAGCUUUGAGGAGAUUGGUGAUCUAUGAGCUGUGAGGGCAGGCAUGGAUCGCCACAUAGUGGUGGAAAGACAAAAGAAAAUUGAAAAAUCCAAAAUUUAAUAUGAAAUAACAAUAACAAUCAGGCGUCCAUAUC